CGUGACGUGAUUCGCGUUUGAAUAAAAAAGCAGCUUGGGAUUCCCCGAUGACCUCCUUCUUUCGGAACUUUGACAUUAUGGGUGCCACGGACAGUAAGCUGGCCUUUCGAAAAGGUGUCUUUCGACUUUUCGAAGAAAGAAACGUUCCCGUCAAUGCGCUCGAGUACUGGUCCCUCUUCUGGACAUUACCCGAAACAGCCGACGAUGUAUUCUCUUUAAUAGGUGCCAACGAUAUUCGUCGUGCACGAGAUUCAGCAAGAGAAAAUCUAGAAACCCUUAUUGACAAGAUAAUGGAACACAUGGACACAUUAGUUCAUGCUCCCGAUUUCCCAUCCGCCCAACACUCCGUCACCUCGCUUUUGAAUUGUUGUCGUGUUCUCACACGUAUCGUGCCUUACAUUUUUGAAUCGACCGAAUGCACCGAGUGGGAGGAAAAGUUCUUUUGGGUACCGCGAUCGGUAAAACGGGCACCGUCGACGGUAACAGGAGAAUCCCAGGAAGGAACAGCGAAUGAUCAAAAGGAGCAAUAUGAUAUUUUGCCACCACGAGCUGAGAUUUUGAUAGCGUUGACGUUGCGAUGUCUCUUCUUGGCAGGAUUCACUUUGCCACACAAUAUGGGCACCGCCGAUUCUCACGUCAAUUAUGUGAUUUGGGAAACUGGUGUCGGCUCUUCUACCCCGAUUGGGUCCUUUAGAGAUAACGACAUACAUCGCACCGAAGUACUGCGUUUGCUGGUCGUGCUACUAUCGAGAUCUAUGUAUAUUUCACCCACCCACAUACUGUCAACCGAGGAUCGAUGGUUGCAUUUUAUCGUGACCAAAACCGAACGAAAGAUCGUGCUUGCCUUGUUAUGCAGUCUGUUGAAUACCGCUUGUAAAUACAAUCCUCUCGGUUGGGGAGUGCCUUAUAAUCAUGUCAUGUUCACCGAUACGCGAGAACAGCUGGUGGCCGUGUCUUUGCGUGUAUUACUGGUCAUUCUGGACUACCACUCGUCUCGUGCGGCCAUUUCCAUGCGAGCCUUGGAUCAAAGACAAGGUGAUACCUCCUGCCUGGAAAUCGUUUCCGGAAUCGAAGUCUUAUCGCUUGACGAGUCACAGCAGGUCAGCGAACUGCACUCAUCUUCCGCCUCCUCGGUCGCCAAUUCAAGUACACACAGUCCAUCCGCCGAAGAGCUAUCACGCGAUAUCAACAAUCCCAACGAUAACAUCUUUAAGCACUAUCUUUCAAAACUGCAUCGCGCUCAAGACUUUCAAUUUUUGAGCGACGGCAUCUAUCGCAUUCUCAGCAACCCAAUGCAGGCCAAUGCCAGUUAUCUACCGGGAUCCACCAAACGUGUUCGCUGCCACGUAGAAAUGAUGAUGUUAUUUUGGAAAUUGUUGGAAACAAACAACCGAUUUCGAACUUACCUAGUGGAAACUGAGCGUGUGUUGGAUUUGAUGGUAGUGCUAAUAUUCCACGCAAUGGAAAGCAAAAUGAAUGCCGCACAAGUAGGCUUGGUACGCAUGUGCGCCUUUCUUUUGCAGAGCUUGUCCGCUGACCGAACCUUUGCCGUCAAACUAAACCGCCCCUUUGAGAACCAUUCGUCUUUACCUGCUAGUAUUCGCAUUCCCAAUUUUAGGGGGACAUAUGCAGAUUUUUUUAUCAUCUCUAUAUUCACUCUGAUAGCGAGCUCCCGUGGUUCAUUAUCCACCUUGUAUCCAGCCCUUGUAUUAACAGUGUCGAAUGUAUCGCCCUAUCUCAAGGGUCUUUCGGUCACCACGGCUACAAAGCUGAUGUCUUUGUUUGGAUCCAUUUCGGCUCCUGGGUUUUUAUUGGCCGAUGAAGUCAAUCAUCGAUUAGUGAAAUAUUUAUUAGAAGCCUUGAAUUGUAUUAUCCAAUAUCAGUCCUCAGAUAAUGUGAAUCUAAUCUAUGCUAUUGUUCGCAACCACAGCAAAUUUGAAAAAUUGGCCAGUUUAACUUUGAAGGAUGCAGUGGAUGAAAUUGAACGUGUACGCCAGUUGAAGCAAGAAAAAUUGCUAGCUCUGCAACAGCAGCAACAGGCAGCGGCGGCGGUCAAGCAUGGAAAGGGGCCUGCAACCGAGGAUCAGGACGCUCCUACUACGCCUGGUGCGGAGGCCAGGAUAUACAGUGAACCGGGUGAAGCAGAAGGUCUGUCAGAAAAAGCGCGCGGCAAGUUACCGGAAGGCGUGUCGCCUCCCUUAUCGCGGACAUCAAGUACGGCCAGUGUACGGAGUCACACUGGUAUGCCGCCCCGACAAUCAAGCGUUUCUUCCACCUUAUCUGCAGGUAGCUUGUUACCGGGGGCCAAACACGGCUUCACACCGACUGAAGAAUGGAUGGAAGGCUGGCAUUCCCAGCUUCCUUUGGAGACGAUUCUUGCUUUGCUUGACUAUCUGCGCCCUCAAGUUGAAGCCUUGUGUGCCGAGGACAGUGCUGCUUCGGAACCGCAAGUACUCGAAUUCUUGCGCGGGGUGACAUUGGUCGGCGUUUUACCUCCGCCUCAACCGAUCGUGAUCCGCAAAUUCCAAUGGGGUGAAGCGCUGGUCAUCUGGUUCCGAUCCAUGCUAUGGGGCCAAGCCUACGUUGUCUCCAUUUCCAAUUACAGUCCCUGGAAGGGCACCCAUGUCAAAUUAUUCCAAAUCAAGCAACAACCCUCCCAUCCGCCGCCCGAAUCCCCUCGUCCCCCUUCUGUUACAGCGUAA